GCCGACGAGGGAAAGUCACUCUUGUGCUUGAAGUCAAAAUUAACUAAAGCAGUUCAUAUCUAAGAAGCUGCCCAGCAUGGAGGAGGAAACAGAUGUGUUAGCUGCAGUUUCAUCUACUGUAGAUAUACAGUCAAAUGAAUUGACAGAGUUUUCAUCUUCUGAAGAUUUGAAACCAGAUCUAUCGGCCAUAUUUUUAUCUUCUGCUGGCAUCAAAACAGAAUUAUUGACAUUGAUUAAUUUCCAGGAUAUAAAACCUAACAUGUCAUUUAAAACUUCUCAAGAUGUUAAACCUGAUAUUAAUUCAGAAUUUUCUUCUUCUAAUGACAUAAAAGUAAAACCAGAAUUAUCAUUUUUUAAUGUUCAGGAUAUAAAACCUAACAUGUCAUUUAAAAAGUAUCAAGAUGUUAAACCUGAUAAUACAUUUUCAAUUGAAAAAACUAAUAAGAAACCUGCUGCAUCAGCAGAAUUUUUAACAUCUGAAAGUUUAAAACCAGAAUUAUCAACUACUGAAAAUUUAAAACAAGAUUUCACAACAGAAUUUUUAUUUUUUGAGGAUAUACAAGAAAAUGGACUUGAAGAAAAUCUACAAUUGUCUAGGGACAACGAAAAUAAAAUUUCUCAAAGAUCUGAAAGUAAUAUGCAUAAAAAUGCUCAUUCUGAAGAUAAGCCAUAUGAGUGUGAUGUUUGUCAUAAAAGGUUUUCUAGAAAUUCUAAUUUUAAACUACAUAAAAAAGUUCAUUCAGGAGAUAAACCACAUGAAUGUGAUGUUUGUCAUAAAAGGUUUUAUCAAGGUUCUAAUUUAAGAGAACAUAAAAUGGUUCAUUCAGGAGAUAGGCCACAUGAAUGUGAUGUUUGUCAUAAAAGAUUUUCUAGUUCUCAGUUAAAAGCACAUAAAAGGAUUCAUUCAGGAGAUAAACCACAUGAAUGUGAUGUUUGUCAUAAAAGGUUUUCUCAUAUUUGUUAUUUAAGAAAUCAUAAAAUGGUUCAUUCAGGAGAAAGGCCACAUGAAUGUGCUGUUUGUCAUAAAAAGUUUAGUCAGAAGAUACAUUUAUCAUUACACAAAAAAGUUCAUUCUGGUGAUAAGCCAUAUAAGUGUGAGGUCUGUCUUAAAAGGUUUUCUCAAAGUUCUCAUUUAAGAGAACAUAAAAAAGUUCAUUCAGGAGAAAGGCCAUAUAAAUGUGAUGUUUGUUAUAAAAGGUUUUCUAUAAGUUCUAAUUUAAAAAGACAUAAAAAAGUUCAUUCAGAAAAUCUACAAUUGUCUAGGGACAACGGAAAUAAAAUUGUUUAUUAUCAUCAAACAUUUUCUCAAAGUUCUGAAAGUAAUAUGCAUAAAAAUGUUCAUUCUGGAGAUAAGCCAUAUGAAUGUGAUGUUUGUCACAAAAGGUUUACUCGAAAAUCCAACUUAGGUAAACAUAAAAAGAUUCAUUCAGGAGAAAAUUGUGAUGUUUGUCAUAAAAAAUUUGUGGAUGCGCAGGAUCUCUUACGACAUAAAAUUGUUCAUUCUGGAGAUAAGCCAUAUGAAUGUGAUGUUUGUCUGAAAAGAUUUUCAAAUAGUUCUCAUUUAAGAACACAUAAAAAGGUUCAUUCAGGAGAUAAACCACAUGAAUGUGAUGUUUGUCAUAAAAGGUUUACUCGAAGUUCUAUCUUAGGUAAACAUAAAAAGAUUCAUUUAAGAGAAAAGGCAUAUAAUUAUGAUGUUUGACAUAAAAUCUUUGCAAAUAAGAAUAAUCUAUUACAGCAAUAUAAAGUUCAUUCAUUAGAAAGGUCACAUGAAUGUGAUGUUUGUCAUAAAAAAUUUGUGGAUACGCAGGAUCCCUUACGACAUAAAAUUGUUCAUUCUGGAGAUAAGCCAUAUGAAUGUGAUGUUUGUCUGAAAAGGCUUUCUAGAAAUUCUGUUUUA